AUGGAGGAAGCUCCGCGAAAUUCUGUACUUAUCAACGUUCGAAAAGCUCAUGUUGGGCGAGAGUACUUGAAGCCGGUCCGAUAUCCUGUCAUUGGAUUCACAGGGGCAUCAGUGGUGCCAGAAGGGUUAAUCUCACUCCCAGUGCGUGUUGGGGAAGAUGAGUCAGCCAGAGACGUCAUGACUGAGUUUCUGGUAGUGGAUGUUCCGGGAGCAUACAAUGCAAUCAUUGGACGUCCGUUCAUUCACGACAUUCAAGGUGUCGUCUCAACUUACCACCUAACCAUGUUGUAUGUUUCCAAUGACGGAUCCACAUCAAGAUUGAAGGGCAAUCAGGAGAUGGCAAGAUCAUGCUAUUUAACAACAUUAAAGCACCAGCAAGAAGGUUCCCGGUCGAAAACCCAGAUCCCCCCUCAAGAAAGCAAAGGAGGGCUAUGA